AAGGAACGCGCCCGGAAGCCUCGUGUCUCCGGCUCCUGUCGGCUCCUCGCGACUCCUCUCAGAUCCGCAGACAAGAUGGCGGCCCUACGAGUCGCGGUGCUAUCGGGGAGCGGGAGAGCCCUGCUCGGUUCGCCGAGAGCCAUCAAGACGUCCAAGGCCAACAUGUCCUUCGCCAGCCUGCCGAGGAACAAGAAGGUCGCCCUUACAACGCUGGGUGUGGUCACGGCUGGCGGGGCAGGGCUCGCUCUGAUGCUGCACCAGGCCGUCAAAGCAUCUGACCUGGAGCUCCACCCUCCUCAGUACCCCUGGAGCCACGCUGGACCUCUGUCCUCUCUGGACCACGCCAGUAUUCGUCGUGGUUACCAGGUGUAUAAGCAGGUGUGUUCGGCCUGCCACAGUAUGGAGUACCUGGCCUUCAGAAACCUGGUCGGAGUGUCGCACACAGAGGCCGAGGUCAAGGUCAUCGCUGAGGAGGUUGAGGUAGUGGACGGUCCUGAUGAGAGCGGAGAGAUGUUCACUCGGCAAGGAAAGCCAUCAGACUACUUCCCUAAGCCCUACUCCAACCCUGAGGCGGCUCGGGCUGCCAACAACGGAGCCCUGCCUCCAGACCUCAGCUACAUUGUCAAUGCUAGACAUGGAGGAGAGGACUACGUGUUCAGCCUGCUGACAGGAUACUGUGAGCCUCCAGCUGGAGUUGCUGUGAGAGAGGGACUCUACUACAACCCCUACUUCCCCGGCCAGGCCAUCGGCAUGGCCCCACCCAUCUACAACGAGAUCCUGGAAUAUGAUGAUGGAACCCCUGCCACCAUGAGCCAGGUUGCUAAGGAUGUAUGCACCUUCUUGAGGUGGGCUGCCGAGCCGGAGCACGACCAACGCAAACGCAUGGGAUUGAAGUUGCUGUUGGGCUCAGCCAUCAUCGUCCCUCUGCUCUACUACAUGAAGAGACACAGGUGGUCUGUGCUGAAGAGCAGAAAGAUCGCCUACAGGCCUCCUAAGUAAACGGAAACAAACACCCCCCCCCGAUCUGGGCCUAAAACUUACCAGAAGAGAAGGCUGCGUUCAAAGACCCCACAACAUUCACCUCACGAUGAUCUUACGGA